AUUGGGAAUGUAUAGUUUGAAAUACAUAAAUAUAGCAAUGGUGACCAUUCUGAAGAACGUGACAAAUAUUUUAACAGCAAUCGGAGAAUAUUAUGUUUUUCGAAAACGUCAAAAUGUGAAAAUUAUCUCUGCUGUCAAUGGUGGUAUUACAGAUCUCUCAUUCGAUGCCACAGGGAAUACUUGGCAGAUUUUAAAUUGCAUCUUAACCGCUGGCUACUUGCUUACUCUGCGGCUGGUCAUGGAUAAAGCUAAGCAGGCAGCCAAAUCAGAAUCACUUAAUAAAGUGUCCAUGGUUUUGCUGAACAAUUUGUUGUCUCUACCCUUUGCCAUCUUCUUGAUUUUCGUUUUGAACGAAUGGGAAUAUGUAAUAAACACCGAUGUGAUUAGGUUGCCGAUGUUUUGGGUUGUCGCAACGGCUAGUGGGUUGCUUGGUCUUGCCAUUAUCUUCACGUCCAUGUGGUUUUUACAUCAAACCGGACCAACCACUUACAGCCUUGUAGGUUCCUUGAACAAGGUUCCCAUCUCUAUAGCCGGACUCGUGUUGUUCAAAGUUCCGCUAAGUGUACCAAACCUGUUCAGCAUACUUUUCGGUUUAUUUGCCGGAAUAUUCUUUGCCAGAGCCCAAAUGUCAUGAUCCAAGAACACGCCGGAGUCUGAAUGAGAUGAAGCAAACAUGGCUUCUCUCCUUUU